AUGAGGUUGACCUAUAGGACCACUCUCGAUCUCCUUUUCAAAUUAAACAGAUUUUUCCCAAACUACAAAUGUGAUGGCCAGAAAGAACUAGUAGUUGUCAUUGGGAGCCUUGGUGCUGAUGCUUCUUUCCAUAUAUCAAAGAUAACAGGUCUCUAUAAAAUUCCACAGUUUACUUAUGGGUCUAUUGCCACAAGGAAUAGUGAUACAAUGGAGCCACCAUCAUUUUAUUGCAUGGUACCCAAUGAACUUCACCAGUAUCUCGGAAUUAUUCAAUUAUUACAAUAUUUUGGAUGGACCUGGAUUGGUAUGUUUGCUGUGGAUGAUGAUAGUGGUGAAUAUUUCUUACACAUGAUAGAACAAUUAUUUUACCAAAACAGUAUAUGCUCAGCCUUCACAAAGAGAAUCCCCAAACAAGCCUCUUGGCAUACCAAAGACCAAAUGAACAACAUGGUCUCAAAUAUUUACCAGCUCUUAACACAUAGCACAGCCAGUACAUAUAUUGUCUAUGGUGAAACCAUGAUAAUGUCAUGGUUGGUUCUCAUACUAAUUUUUUUGCAUGAAGAAAAUAUAUCAUUAAGAAAAGUGUGGAUUAUGACAUCUCAAAUUGAUUUUGCAUUAUCAAGCCUCCAAAGCAAAACAGUUCUGCAAGUGUUCCAAACUGUCAUUUCUUUAUCAAUACACUCACAAGAGCUCCACAACUUUAAGGAAUUUCUUCAGAAUAUAAAGCCUUGUAAGAUGCAGGAAAGUGCUCUGUUCAAGGAAUUUUGUGAGCAAGCCUUCAACUGUGAGUUUUCAAAAGCUCAAGAGCCAAUGGAAUUGACUGGAAUGUGUACUGGGGAGGAGAGGCUGCAGGAUCUUCCUGGGUCUCUAUUUGAAUUGUUUGUGUCUGGACACAGCUACAGUAUCUACAAUGCUGUCUAUGCUGUAGUAAAUGCCUUAAAUGUAAUGUAUGCAUCUAGAACCAAUCAUAAAAUAAUAAUGGAGAGUAGAGGAUAUCAGAAUCUUUGGCCUUGGCAGCUUUACCAAUUACUUGAUCAGAUCAUAUUUAACAACUCUGUUGGAGAAACAGUUUCCUUUAAUAUAAAUAGAGAAAUCAGAGCUGGAUUUGACAUCACCAAUUUGACAAAGCCAACAUCAUUUUGCAGUUACUCCUGCAAUCCUGGUUAUCAGAAACAAAAGAAGGAAGGAAAUAAAUUUUGCUGUUAUGACUGCAUUCCAUGUCCUGAGGGGAUGGUUGCAAACAAAAAUGAUGCAGAAAAAUGUUUCAGAUGCCAAGAAGAUCACUAUCCUGAUAAGAACCAAGAUCAAUGCAUUCCCAAAAUUGCAACCUUUUUGUCCUACAAUGAUCCAUUAGGAAUAAGUUUAACUGCAGCUACAGGAUUUUUUACCUUGAUCACAGUCCUUGUGCUAGGAAUUUUUAUUAAGAAAAAAGACACUGCCAUUGUCAAAGCCAACAAUUUGGUCAUCAGCUACAUUCUUUUGAUUUCUCUCCUGUUUUGUUUUCUCUGUCUUUUGUUUUUUAUUGGACAACCCAGAAAGAUGACCUCUCUUUUUCAGCAACCUGCUUUUGGUAUAAUCUUCUCUAUAGCAAUUUCUUGUGUAUUGGCAAAAACUGUUACUGUAAUUAUAGCAUUCAUGGUCACCAAGCCAGGAUCCAGAAUGAGGAAAUGGGUGGGGAAAAGGCUAGCCACAUUUAUUAUUCUUUGCUGUAAUCUGAGUCAGGGAGUAAUUUGUGUAGUGUGGUUAACAAGCUCUCCUCCAUUUUCAGAUAUUGAUAGUCAAUCUUCAGCCAAAAAUAUCAUAUUAAAAUGUAACGAAGGGUCCAUUGCUAUGUUCUACAUUGUCAUGGGCUAUUUGGGCUUCUUAUCCAUUAUAACUUUUACUGUAGCUUUUAUAGCCAGAAAGUUACCAGAUUGUUUCAAUGAAGCUAAGUUUAUUACUUUCAGCAUGCUCAUCUUUUGCGUUGUCUGGAUUUCAUUUGUUCCUACUUACUUAAGUACCAAAGGCAAAUAUAUGGUAGCUGUAGAAAUCUUCUCAAUUUUGGCUUCAAGUGCUAGCUUAUUGGGAUGUAUAUUUUUCCCUAAAUGUUACAUUAUUUUAAUGAAACCUGAACUGAACAUUAGGGAGCAGUUAGUAAAGAGAACAUAUAGGAAAAACUAA